AUGAUUGAGGGCGUUCUGCUGCUCUUGUUGGCCAUUAUAAACAAUGUGGAGGCGCAUGGAGUAAGAACAGUUUGAUUUUUUGACGAAUUUUCGACAAAAAUAUUAUCCGUCUUACUGUAAUUUCAAUUUAAAAAUUUUUAGCCCGCACCCAAUGGAGUGUUGGGAGAACCGCAAAUUUUCUGCGGCCCUGAGGGCAUUCACGUCCUGGUUCGUACACAAGGCCCGUUCCGAGGUCGAUUAUUCGUCGCUGAAGAGGCCGAUCGGCCCGAAUGCAUUCAUUCUUACGUCGAUUCGGAGAGCCCCGGCAAUUCCGCCGAAUUCCACUUGAAAUUUGGCGCUUGCAACAUGAGAAGGCAGAGAACGGUAGGAAAUUCAAAUUUUUGAUUAUUUUUCUUGAGUUCUGAAGAUGAAAAAAGAUUUUUUUGCCGUUUUUGGCAACGAUGACUAAAAAAAUUUCAAAAGAAUCUAAUUUUUAGUUGAGCCCUCGAGGAGUCUCAUUUAGUUUCGUCUUGGUCACGUCGUUCCAUUCAACGUUCUUAACCGGUGCUGAUAGGGCGUUCAAUGUCCGCUGCUUCUUUGUGGAGGCCAUCAAAGGUGUGGAGUCGCAGUUGGAAGUGAAGUAAGCGAUAAAAUUGCUCGCAGUUCUAAAACAACUCAAAAAUUUUCAAAGUGACUUUCAAAGGGUCGACGACGGUAGGGGGCAACACAAAAUUGAUAGGUACGGUGCGUAGGGCAGGUAGAUUCCCAAGAAAGCUUGUAGGAAGUGCACACGAGGCCUGGCACAGCCGCUGAUGGCCGGCAGACGCUCGGCGAAGGCUCGGCGGAGACUUGCAAUAUGUCCACUUUCAAGGCUCAGUUUUUCUUCAAAUUUUGAACGCAAAAUCUUCAUAAGUCAUGUAUCAAUUCCUGAAAAUUUUCUCCCGCAAUUUGAAGAAAGAGCCUCGCUAUUCAACUAUUUUUUCCGGACAAAAGAUCAUAGAAAAUGAGGAGAGCGGUCAGAGAAAAAAGAUUCCGUUACAAGUUCUUGAGUUCUCUCUUAAGCAAAGCAAUUUUUAUACAAAAUGUAUCGACAAAAAACUUCUUGUUUAGUCUGAAAAUUCAAAAAAUCAUGACUGAUUUUCUCCACACACUAACAACAUAAAAAUUUUUUAGUCAACUAGUCACCGAAGUGGUCCAACAAGAGUUCACUCUGCCCCAAUGCAACUACCAUCUUCGGCAAUCGAGCAGCGAUCGGUCGGCGCUUCGUUUCGCGAGCGUUGGGGAUUCUGUAACGCAUGUGUGGGAGUGCGACUCCUCCGCCGCUUGGCUCUACGGCCUUCUGAUUCACAGUUGCUAUGUGGAUGAUGGAAGAGGAAAUAAGUUCGAAUUGGUCGAUCAGAGGGGGUAAAAAAUAAGAAACUAUAUGGCUGGCACCUUGCAGGACAUUUUUUAACCCAAAGUGUUGACCAAUUUCAGGUGCGCAACCGACAAAGUUCUUCUCGGCGACAUUGUCUACGAGGCCAAUGGCGUAAAUGCGUUUGUAAAUUCGCAUGUGUUCAAAUACGCCGACCGAGUUCAGCUCUUCUUCACAUGCACCGUGCAGCUCUGCUUCAAAGAGGAUGGAGGUUGUGAGGGGAUUACGGUAAGAAAUCGGUCAUUUUAUACGAUGAAACAUGCAUGAAAAUGUUUCAUUGUAUAAAAUGUCUUUUUUGGUAUUGAUAUUUGUCAUAGGAAGUUGAUAAAACUUUUUAGUCAUUGUGUAUUGUAAAACUAGAAAUUGACGACAUUUUAUACGAUGAAACAUGCAUGAACAUGUUUCAUCGUAUAAAAUGUCCCUUUCGUCGUGAAAGAGGUUUAAUGGAAUUUUAAAGCUUUGAGAACUCUAAUUCCAGCCGCCAAACUGUGGAGGGCCAUCGCGCCCCAAAUCUCCGGAGAAAAAGUUUGUUAAUCACGCAUCUGCCGAAUCAUCCGAACGUCCCGAGGUCGACCGGACCGCCGCCUUCAAGAGCGUUCAAGAACGUCAACGGGCCGCGCAGGCGCUCUUCAAGUCGAUCCCACGAAGAGUUUUUGUUCCCCCUCCGCCACCAAAAUUGACCCCGAGACUGAAGGAUGACCCUGAUACUAGCGUCUUCGAGUAGGUUCAAAAAAGUUCGCCCCAGACGCCUUUAGCUGGCUUAUAACCGGACGAAAUACGCUGGAAAUUGAUUUUCAGGAAACUGAUCAAAGAUGCGGCUGCUGUGGAAUUGAAUGAGACCAUGUUCGAGCUGAAUGAGACCAUUGCCAAAGGCGGGCGGAGCAGAUCAAGCAGAGAUGCCUUGAACUUUAUGGAAACGGAUCUAAGCGCGGAAUUAAUGGUCAUGCCUCUCGAUGAGAUCGAUGGAGCUGGUAUAUCUUUCGCCGUUUUUGCUUUAGGAAAAUUUUCGUUUGAAACGGUGACAUUUUAUAUGAUGAAACAUGAAUGAACAUGUUUCAUCAUAUAAAUGGCAUUCUUACAUUGCCACUCGCCAUCAAAUGUUGGUAAACUUUUUUAGUCAUCGUAAUUGUAAAUCCCGAAAAAGGAGACAUUUUAUACGAUGAAACAUGUGUCAGCAUGUUUCAUCGUAUAAAAUGGCAGCUUUUGCAAUGACAUUUAUUAAAAGAAGUUGGUCCAAAGUUUUAGUCAUAGUGAAUUGUAAAACUUCAAAAAGCGAACAUCUUAUACGAUGAAACAUGCGAAAACAUGUUUCAUCGUAUAAAAUGCCCCUUUCUUCCUAAAAUCCGGUUUACGCAAAACUGAUCAAUUUUCAGGCAAAGACAAGCCUCGGGAUGUAAUCUCAACCCUCCCGUACAUCAGCCGCGCCAACAACGGGGUCUGCAUUAGCCGAGUGGGAGUCUUCUCAAUUGUCACGUUUUUGGUCGUGAUCCUCUUCGGAACAGCUGUCGGCUCCAUCUACUUGUACAACCGCAAAAAGAAUUCCGAGCUAAUUUCGCGAACAAGAAAGAUUUAUCUAACAGAGUAA